AUGUCAAAACGUAAAGAAUCUAUGCCAAUGGGGAAGAAGAAGCGUGUUAAAAGAACAAGUGAAUCCGAUUGUAAUACAACUGAAAAAGAAGAUGAAUUUGAAGAAGAAGAACAACAACAACAACAACAACAAAAGGAUGAAUUAGCUAGUAAAAUAACUAAUACAAAAGCAAAUACAACUGUAAUUGAUUAUUUUACUAUAAAACCUCUUCAAUCAGCUAUUGAUCAUAUUCGAAAAAGUAUAUGUUCAAGUAUUACCGAAUUUAAAUUUAAUAAAACUCGUGUUCGACCAAUAAAUAAAAUUAAUGAAAUUCCCCAGGAUUCACAAACAAUACUCUACUGGAUGUCACGUGAUCAACGCCUACAAGAUAAUUGGGCUAUGCUAUAUGCACAGAGACUUGCCAUCAAACAACAACUUCCAUUACAUGUUGCAUUUUGUUUAGUACCGACAUUUUUAGCUGCAUCAUUACGUGCUUAUCGUUUUAUGCUUAAAGGUUUACGUGAAGUUGAAAAAGAAUGUCAACAAUUAAAUAUUAUAUUUCAUUUAUUAUUGGGAAAAGCAGAAAAUGUUUUACCGAAAUUUGUUGAAGAUAAUAAAGUUGGCACAAUUAUUACUGAUUUUUCACCAUUACGUGUACCACGUCAAUGGGUAGAUAAUGUAGGAAAAAAAAUUACAAAAAUACCAGUUGUACAAGUUGAUGCCCAUAAUGUUGUACCUUGUUGGCAUGCAUCACCUAAACUAGAGUAUGGUGCACGUACAAUACGAACUAAACUUCAUAAACAUAUGAAUGAAUUUUUUACUGAAUAUCCUCCAGUUAUUAAACAUCCACAUACAUCAACUACUCAUUCGGAAAUGAAAACAAUUGAUUGGGAAACUGUUGACGAUAGUUUACAAGUUGAUCGAACUGUAAAUGAAGUUUCUUGGGCUACACCUGGUUAUACUGGUGGCAUAGCACAAUUAGAAUCUUUUAUUAAUGAACGCAUUAUGAGUUUUGGCACUUCACGUAACGAUCCAACUAAAAACGUUUUAUCGAACCUGUCACCAUGGUUACAUUAUGGGCAAAUAAGUCCACAACGUGCAUUACUUAUCGUAGCAAAAUUACGAUCGAAAUAUAAGGAAGCUUGCGAUGAAUAUAUUGAAGAAACAUUUGUACGAAGAGAACUAAGUGAUAACUAUUGUUUUUAUCAAGAUAAUUAUGAUAAUAUUAACGGUGCAUGGGAUUGGGCCAAGAAAACUUUAAAUGAUCAUCGAAAAGAUAAACGAACUUAUGAAUAUAGUCGCGAUGAUCUUGAAUAUGCCCGUACAACAGAUAAAUUAUGGAAUGCAGCACAAAUUCAAAUGAUUAAAGAAGGUAAAAUGCAUGGAUUUCUACGUAUGUAUUGGGCAAAAAAGAUUCUUGAAUGGACAAAAACACCGGAAGAAGCUAUCGAAAUAACGAUUUAUUUAAAUGAUAAAUAUAAUCUCGAUGGACGUGAUCCAAAUGGUUACGUUGGUAUUAUGUGGAGCAUUUGUGGAAUUCAUGAUCAAGGUUGGCGAGAAAGACCCGUUUUUGGUAAAAUUCGUUACAUGAAUUAUGAUGGAUGUAAACGAAAAUUCGAUGUAAAACAAUUUGAAAACAAGUACUCAUGUUUAUAG